AUGAGCUCUCUUCCCUGGUGCUGCCAACCAAGGUGCAAGCCAUCUCCUACUCAGCAUCAGACCAAAUGUAGAUUCCUCCUAAAGCCCAAGAUAGUCAAAAAGAGGACCAAGAAGUUCAUCUGGCACCAGUCAGACAGACAGGUCCAAGUUAAGUGUAGCUGGUGGAGACCCAGAGGUAUUGAUGACAAGGUGCAGAGAAGAUUUAAGGGCCAGAUGUUGAUGCCCAACUUUGGUUAUGGAGGCAACAAGAAAACAAAACACGUGCUGCCUAGUGCCUUCCGGAAGUUCCUGGUCCACACUGUCAAGGAGCCGCAAGUGUUGCUGAUGUGUAGCAAAUCUUGCUGCACUGAGAUUGUUCACCAUGUCUCUUCCAAGAACUCCAAAGCUGUCUUGGAAAGAGCAGCCCAUCUGGCCAUCAGGGUAAACAAUCCCAAUGCCAGGCUGUGCAGCAAAGAAAAUGAAUAG